AUGCCGAAUGCCUUAGCGGAUGCGCCCCAUGAGUCUGUGGAAGCAGCGCAAGCAGGAGGUGUGAUCAUAACGAGGGGGAGCAAGGCGAUUGGGGCUCAGACCCGUGCUGGAGGGAAGGAAGGAGAGGCUUCGAGAGGGCGAGAGGCGGAAGUGACUGUAACGAGCGGAAGAGGCAGGCAUGCGGGGCUGUUUGGUCGGUUCCACUCGUUUCUAGCGUCGCCAGCGCCGGUCGUGUUCCAUCCUCAGGUCCCGUUUGUGUUCGGUCCCCGGGUCGUGCUAGCCGCUCUCAUCUCCCUCGUGGGAGCAGCACUCGCCAAUGCAGGGGGCGUUGGGGGAGGUGGCCUAUUCGUGCCCAUGUUUAAUCUGCUGCUGGGAUACGACGCCAAGACAUCCACCGCCCUUUCCAAAUCGAUGAUAAUGGGCGGCGCGUUGGCAAGUGUGUGCUUCAACGUGCAGCUGAAGCACCCCACGUUCCACCAGCCCUUGAUAGACUACGGCUUGGCGCGCCUCAUGCAGCCCACGCUGCUGCUGGGCAUCAGCGUCGGCGUCACCUGCAACGUGAUUUUUCCGCCCUGGCUGAUCACAGUCAUGCUCUUCCUGCUGCUGCUCUUGAUAACGUACAAGGCACUGGACAAGGGCGUGGCCAUGUGGAUGAAAGAGUCCCAUGCAGCAUGCAUCGCACCACACCGUGCUCACUCACUUACACACCCCAUUCUUCCGCCCUUCACCGCACUGAACCCCACCCAACCCCGUGCAGUGAUGACAUACAAGACGCUGGACAAGGGUGUGGCCAUGUGGAUGAAGGAGUCCCAGGUGGCACACCAGCAUUCUGCUGUGAGGGCAACCCCUCUCCCUUCCUUCAGCGAUUCCUCGCCCCCCCGCCCCAUCAUCCCGCUGCUGCUCCCAUCGGACCGAACCACCUCGCUGCCCUCCUCCUGCCUUUAUUUGAGGCGACCUCUCUUGCUCAUAUUCCUCUCUUCCCCCCUCCCCGCAUCCCUCCCCCCAGCACCCCCCCGCCCCAUCAUCCCGCGGCUGCUCCCAUCAGACCGAACCACCUCGCUGCCCUCCUCCUGGUCGGACGUGCUCCGCCUCUCCACUUCCCUGCACGCCCGAUCCCACGCCCACUCCGUGCGAGCGCUCUUUGACUGCGAGAGUGUGGGCGAGCCAGCAGAUUCCAGCCUCCACGGGGCUGUGGAGUACCAGGGCUUGGCUCGGCACGGCCUGGCUUGGGAAGGCCAGGCUCGGGACGGCUUGGCUCGGGAGGAGGGGGUGUUUGGGUUCGGGAGCGAGACGCACUAUGCCGGGCGUCCAGGAGUGGGAAUAUCACCGGACGACACUGACAGUGCUGGAGGGCUGAGUCCCCGGGGGGGUGCCGGAGGGAGUUACAGCCGCGGGAGUGGGAGUGCUGGUCGCAUGGUCGGUGGUGGGUUCGGUCUGUCUGCUGCUCUUGCUGCUGCUUCGGCUGUUGCUGCUGGGUUGGAGGAUAAUGAUGAUGAUGAUGGUUUUGGUGGUGGUUUUGGUGCUGGUGAUUCUGCUGCUGGUUCAGGGUUUUUCUCAGGUGGAAUCAACGGAGGGGUGCGUCUGGACGUGCCGGGGCAGGGGGUAGAGGAUGGGGAGUCAGGAGGGGUGGAGAGGGGAGGGGAGGAGGGACGGAAGGAGAAGAAGGAGAAGAAGGGGCAGAGGAGGGCUGGAACGAGGGAGGAAGUGCGAGGGGGAGAUGGUGAGAGGCCGCAGCAGGAAGUUUUUGAGUCGACUCAAAAAUCGCCUCAUCACACGGGAGGGGAGGAGGGACGGAAGGAGAAGAAGAAGGAGAAGAAGAGGGAGGAAGUGCGAGGGAGAGAGGGUGAGAGGCCGCAGCAGGAAGCUUCCUACCCGUCUGCUGUUUCUGCUCCUUCAGGGGUUGACUCAGCGUCUGAUUCAGAGUCUCAGGUCCAUUCCAAGGUUGCUGCUGCUUCUGGGGGGCUCACCACCCCGCUGCUGCAGCCAGAAGCAUCAGGAGCAGGGGCAGGAGGAGGAGGAGGAGGAGAAGCAGGAGGAGGAGGUGGAGGAGGAGGUAGAGGAGGAGGAGGGGGAGGAAGGGGAAGUACGUCGCAGGGGUCUGCAGUACGCACCAAGAGUCUGAUGGAGGAGCUUCACUUUGGAGCCCCGCUUGAGGCGUCGCUCUUCCAGCUGGUGGACUGGCGGUCAGUGAUGGAGCUCCUACUCGUGUGGCUGGUGGCGUCGCUCUUCCAGCUGGUGGACUGGCGGUCAGUGCUGGAGCUUCUUCUAGUCUGGGCGGCCUUCCUCGCCCUACAGCUAGCCAAGCAGCACACGCCCGACUGCAGCCGCCCCUACUGGCUGCUCAACGCAUCACUCUUCCAGCUGGUGGACUGGCGGUCAGUGAUGGAGCUCCUUCUAGUCUGGGCGGCCUUCCUCGCCCUACAGCUAGCCAAGCAGCACACGCCCGACUGCAGCCGCCCCUACUGGCUGCUCAACGCGCUCCAGAUCCCCGUUGCUCUGCUCGCCACCCUCGUGGGCGCGUUCCGCCUCUACAGGCAGAGCCACCCGUCUCCCAGGAGAAACUCCCGAGGCCGUGGUGGUGCUGCUGCUGCUGGUACUGCUGGUGGUGGUGCUGCUGCUGGUGUUGAAGCAUCGGAGCAGCAGCAGCAGCAGAGGGACGGUGGCAGCAGCAGCAGGGGAGAGUACCACACAGCGCACUGGGGCAUGCAGCAGCUGUGGGGGUAUCCGCUGUGUUCCUUCAUCGCUGGGGUGAUGGGCGGGCUGCUGGGCAUAGGAGGCGGCAUGGUCAUGGGCCCUGUGCUGCUCGAGCUCAACCUGCCUCCUCAGGUCACUGCCGCAACAUCCACCUUCAUGGUGGUGUUCUCCUCGUCGCUCUCCGUGCUCGAGUUCUACCUCCUCGGCCGCAUCCCCAUCGAGGUCACCGCCGCAACAACCACCUUCAUGGUGGUGUUCUCCUCGUCGCUCUCCGUGCUCGAGUUCUACCUCCUCGGCCGCAUCCCCAUCGAGGUUGCCCUCGUCUUUGCCGGAAUCGCAAUGGUUGCGGCCUUCUCUGGUCUUUCCAUUGUACGCGCUAUUGUCAUGCGCUACGGCAAGCCGUCGGUGAUUAUUUUCGCGCUCGGGUCGGUUAUCGGGCUGAGCGGGAUAGUUCUCGGUGCGUAUGGCGGCGUGAAUACGUACCAUGAUUGGAUGGCUGGCGCGAACAUGGGGUUCCGAGAUCUCUGCGCUAGAGAGUUUUGA